ACGCUUUACGGCUAUAAAACAAGGCGGCCGCGCCCCGUCAGCUCAUCCGGUUGGUCUCCUAUCGUCUCCUUCCUUGGGCCAAAAGCUCCCCAGUCCCCACUGCUGCUGCUCCCUUCUCCAGUUCUCCGCCCGUCGGUCAGCAGUUCUCGCCUUCUCGGUGAUUCAAUGGCCUCACCUGCGAGACCGGCUGAGUCCACUGGCACAACCCAGGAGGAAGCCGCCGCCCGCCAGUCGCUCAUGGGGAUCUCCCAGUCCGUCCCGGCGGCAGGGGAAGCUCUGAGCGACAAAUCGCCCAACGGCCACAUGGAGCAUGGCGGGCAGGACAACACUGCGGCGGCCGACAAGUACAGGUCGAUGCUCAUGUCCAUCUCCAACCAGUCGCCGGAGGCGCGCCAGCAGCCCACGCCGUGCCCGCACACCAACGGCGUCGCUUAAACUUAGACCUCUAAUAACACUAGUACUGUACUGAUUUGCCCUGCAACUGUGGAUACUAUUGUGGGACAUUGGCCUUAAAUAAUCGGGAUGUAUGUGGGGGUGCUCGGUGAUGCAAUACGUAGUUGCAUGCAAGAGCCUUGCUUCUUCGAUCUUGGCCUGAAAUGUUUUCGUGUGUAAAUUGGCGGAUAGCCAUUGUCUGAAGAUCUGCAUAUGCGAUGUGCUGAUCAUUCACCA